UAAAUACGCAUUGCAUUGUCAUCAAUCUUGUAAUCAAAAUUAGAGAGGGAAAUUAAGUGAAGAUAUGGGCUCAGAAACCACACGAAAGCUUCCUGUAAUUGACUUCACUGACCUCAAUAGCUUGGCUAAUUGGGAGGCAGUGAAAUCCAAAGUUCACGAGGCACUAGUUGAGUAUGGUUGCUUUGAAGCCAUUUUUGAUAAAGUUCCUUUAGACCUUCGCAAGGAAAUUUUUGCUUCACUAGAAGAGCUUUUCAAUCUCCCUCUGCAAACCAAGCUACUCAAUGUGUCUAAGAAGCCAUAUCAUGGUUAUGUUGGGCAGUAUCCUAUGGUUCCACUUUUUGAGAGCAUGGGCAUUGAUGAUGCAAAUGUCUCUGAGAAAGUAGAAGCCAUGGCCAACAUCUUGUGGCCUGAUGGAAACCCAAGUUUCAGCAAAACUAUAAAUUCAUUCUCUGAGCAGCUAUCAGAGUUGGAUCAUAUUAUUAGGAAGAUGGUUUUGGAGAGUUUGGGUGUUGAAAAGUACUUGGAUGAGCAUCUCAACUCAACCAAUUACCUCCUCCGGGUUAUGAAAUACAAAGGCCCUGAAACCUCUGACACAAAGCUAGGCCUCACCACUCACUCAGACAAAAACAUUGUGACCAUAUUGUACCAAAAUCAGGUGGAGGGUUUGGAGGUGCUCACCAAAGAUGGCAAAUGGAUAAGCUACAAGCCUUCCUCCGAAAGUUUCGUUGUUAUGAUCGGUGAUUCUCUCCAUGCAUGGUCAAACGGGAGGUUGCAUUCACCCUUUCACCGAGUGAUGAUGACUGGGAACGAGGCAAGAUACUCUACAGGGUUGUUCUCUAUUCCGAAAGGAGAAUACAUCAUAAAAACACCGGAGGAGCUGGUGGAUGAGGAGCACCCUCUGCUAUUUAAGCCUUUUGAUCAUGUUGAGUUCCUCAAGUAUUAUUACACUGAAAAGGGCCAGAGAGACCAGUUCGCCCUGCGCACUUACUGUGGUGUUUGAAUUGUUGUCAUUGACAGGGUAACAUUACUCUCUUGUGUUAUUCAAGUGUUCCCUAGACAAAUUACCAUGGACUUAAUAAAACUCCUCCCUAUAUGGACUUGCAGUCAUUGAGUGUAUAAUAAGUGUUUUAUGCUUAAAUGUUGCUAGGCAAUCUACCUUGGACUAAAUAAAAACUCUGCCUUAUGUGUUUGCAGAGUGAAUUUCUCCA